AUGCAGAUCAUCGCAGGUCUUGGCAAUCCCGGCCCCCGCUACGCCGAAAACCGGCACAAUAUCGGCUUCAUGGCGGCGGACGCGAUCGUUCGCCGCCAUUCUUCGUUCGGCCCCUGGCAGAAGAAGUGGAACGCCGAGAUCGCCGAGGGCCGGAUCGGCAGCGAAAAGGUCCUCGUCAUCAAGCCGCAGACCUUCAUGAACCUUUCCGGUCAGGCGGUCGGCGAGGCGAUGCGCUUCUACAAGCUCGGCCCGGAGGACCUCACCGUCCUUUACGAUGAACUCGACCUGGCGCCCGGCAAGGUGCGCAUCAAGCGCGGCGGCGGCUCGGGCGGCCACAAUGGCAUCAAGUCGCUCGACGCCCAUUGCGGCAAGGAUUAUCGCCGCGUGCGCCUGGGCAUCGGCCAUCCGGGCGACAAGGCCCGGGUGCAGGCCCAUGUAUUGGGCGAUUUCGCCAAGGCCGACCAGCAAUGGCUGGAGCCGCUGCUCGACGCGCUCGCCGACAAUGUCGACCUGCUCGUCGCCGGCAACGAAUCGGGCUUCAUGAACAGGCUGGCGCUGGCCGUCGGCGACAAGGCGAAAGGCGCGGUCGGCGCCCCCGCCCCAAAGGCGCCCUCCGCCAAGGAUCAGUCGGGCAAAUCACCGCCCAAGCCCGCACCCAAACCCCAGAGCCACAUCCGCCAGGCGCGGCAAUCAACGCCGGACGCCAAGCCGACCGGGCCGAUGGCGGAGAUGCUCAAGAAGCUGUUGGGGAAGUAG